UUGGUCCUAUGCUCACAGAGAAGCAAGAAAGGGCCAGUGGGAAACUGUCGCAUUAGAUAGGUACCGCUUCAAAUGUAAAAUAGAACGCAUUGCAGCUGUUUUGGAACCCAUAUUAUGUAAUCGUAUUAAGAUGUAUCAAUUGCAAUAAAGUAAAAAUGAUUGAAUUUGGUUGUUUUAUUUAAAAAAUUACUGAAUUACAUGAGUAUUAUAAAUAUAAUAAACGUUAGAUAAAGCGCAACAACAAAGUGAUCGUACAUGAUAGUAGCAACAUGCUUCUAAUUUAGGUAGAGCUGGUUCUUCUUCCACCUCGGUGACAUUUUGCGAUAGAGUUUUUCGAAUGAAAUCGGCUUUUUCUUUUCCUUUAACGUAUAUUUGGUCUGAUGAUGAUAUUAACUGGCGAAGUAUAAUUGGAAACAUGUAGGAUGGCGUAUGACCGUGCUCCCAUUUAAUUCCGUGAUGGUUAUGAAUUAGCCAGGUAGCUUGACGUUGUAAAUCGGUAGAUAAGCUAUUCCACGGAAAUGGAGGCUUGAACAUAAAAUGAGCAACCUGCUUGCCAUUAUAAAUUGCCAGUUCUUUUGGUAUAAAUACGUUUCUUGAUGUUUUAAAUCCUUGUACAUCGAUUACAGUCUGCACCAUUCUGUCGUUGACAGAAGAUUAAGUAUUUAUAGCCUAAUUUUUAAUUCAUUUCAAUAUAUAUCCCCCCACUACCACAUCCUUAUUAGUCCUCCAAAAGAAACUUUUGAAUCAGUAUAGAUUUUACAAUCAUGCAAGCUGCAGUUGUCGUACUGAGCUGGUUUUUCUGUAUUAGUGCUAAUGCUGCUGCUGCUGCGGAUAAUGUCGACGAGAGCGAUACAAUCAGUGAGCGUGAAAUCGAUAUGGCAUAUAGUCAUCUCACCAAAUAUGGAUAUAUAAAGGAGCCUGGUGAAGGUGAAUCAACUCAAGAUAAUCGUACAAAUAUCACCGUUAACGCUUUAAAGAAAUUUCAAGAACUCUAUAAACUACCUAGUGAUGGCAGAUUAAAUGCCGAAACAUUACAACUCAUGUCUCGACCUAGAUGCGGAAAUAUUGAUGACCCAGCAGCGUAUAUGACUCAUCGGUAUAAAUGGACAAAACAGACUUUGAUUUACUAUAUUUCCAAUAUGCAUGACCUGCACAUUUUACAGAUGACGGAUAAAGCAUUUCAAGUUUGGGCGAACCACACAAAUUUGAAAUUCAAAUAUAGCUCAAGGAACCCAGACAUAUUAAUAUCAUUUCAUACCCGAAAGCAUGAGUUCGCUUCACCACCAUAUCCGCAAUGUGCAUUCGAGUUUGAUGGAUUGGGCAAUGUAUUAGCCCAUGCAUACUUUCCCUCCAGAGAUCAGAAUGUUGUUGAAAUGCAUAUAGAUUGGGAAGAACGCUGGCAUGUAGCAGAUGCAAAUGCACCUCCUCCCGGUUAUUCUAGUUAUUUCCAAGUUGUAUUACAUGAAAUAGGCCAUACUCUCGGAUUACACCAUUCGAGCGAUGAAAAUGCACUCAUGUUUCCUUAUUACAAUUAUUCAAAUAUGAACACGCUACAUGAGGAUGAUAUAGCCGGAAUCCGAGCACUAUAUUCUAUUGAUGCUGCUGCUGCUGCCACCCCUUCACCAGAGAAUAAAACUUAUCAUCUUUCAACGCGUAUUAAGACAACUACACCUACUCUCAAGACUACUCGCAAGACCAUUAAACCACCUGACCUGUGUACCAUUCAAAUCGAACACUUUUUGAUUCUAAACAAACGACUUUAUAUGUUUUAUGAACAUUGGGUUUGGAUAUCGGCGUUAAACAGCAGCAAAGUGGAACCUGCCAAGAAUCUGCUUGAGUGGUUAACGUUUCUUCCGGCAUCUUUUAAACGUUUGGAAGCGGUAUAUCAAAAGCCUAACGGCAAUGCUGUCUUCUUUAGUGGCGGUCGCAUAUACAUAGUGCAAUUCCCUAGUCUGCAACUGCUACCAGGAUGGCCUCAGCCUUAUAGCCACUUCACAAUUCCCAACAGCCAUAAAGUGAAUGCUGCAGUUAACACCUAUACCGGACGCACGCUUAUUUAUCAUGGUACAAAUGAACUGCUAGAUUUGGAUGAUUGUAGUAAUCGACCUAAAAAUCGCUUAAUAUAUGCGGAAACCUUUCCAGAUAUUCCGGUUAAGAUAACUUCUAUAUUUAAAUACAUGGAUGGAUACCUAUACUUUAUCACCGGAAAUAAAUUUCAUAAAUAUAGUGAAUAUACAGGUCGUGUAAUUCACUCAGGCGACAUUGAUCUAUCCUUAUUCAAUAUUCAUUGUGCUAAUAAAGGCGUAUUGGAGCAAUUAUAUAAUGUAUUAGCUAAACUUUUAAAGUUUGAUAAACAAAUUGAAUUGUAUAUGCGGCAUUAG